UAAAGGCUGUAAGGGAGGAGGUGGUGGAGGGGGAGGAAAACGCGUUUGACCAGGGAAAAAGCCGCGGUCUCUUCUCUCGUCAACCUCAGCCCAACGCCCAGUCUUCCCUCUCCGUGACUGCAGGGAGCAAAACCAAAGAAAAUUCCCAUCCCAUUUCUUCUUCCGAAGCAAGGAAGAGGAAGAGAGAGAGAGGAAGGCAGAGAGAAUUCAUUCCAGUUUUCAAUACAUUCCUAUUGUAGCAUAUCAUCGAACACCUUGGUGUGGGAUGAUGGUAUGCUCUGUGGAUGAAUGAAUUAGAUGAUAUAGAUCGAAAUUUUUGAUAGUUGAAGUGGAGAAGAGGAGGAGGAGGAGGAGGAGGAAAGAUGAUGGGGGAUGGGGUGAAGCAGAUACUGACGAAGCCGAUUCAGCUGGCGGACCAGGUGACGAAGUGGGCCGACGAGGCGCACUCGUACAAGCAGGAGUGCAUGGAGGUGAAGGCCAAGACGGAGCGGCUCGCGGGGCUCCUGCGGCAGGCCGCCCGCGCGGAGCUGUACGAGCGCCCCGCGCGCCGCAUCAUGAACGACACCGAGCAAGUCCUCGAGAAGGCGCUGACGCUCGUGUCCAGGUGCCGGGCGCGCGGAUUGAUGAAGCGGGUGUUUAGGAUUCUUCCGGCCGGGGCCUUCCGCAAGAUGGGCAUCCAGCUCGACAACUCCAUCGGCGACGUCUCCUGGCUCAUCCGCGUCUCCAUCGCCGCCGCCGACGACGACUUCGGCCACCUCGGCCUCCCCCCUAUCGCCCAGAACGAGCCCAUCCUCUUCCUCAUCUGGGAGCAGAUCGCCACCAUGUUCACCGGCUCCCUCGACGCCCGCGCCGACGCCGCCGCCUCCCUCGUCUCCCUCGCCCGCGACAACGACCGCUACGGCAAGCUCAUCAUCGAAGAAGACGGCGUGGGGCCUUUGCUCCGUCUCUUCAAGGACGGCCGGGUGGAGACCCAGGAGAACGCCGCGCUCGCCAUCGGUCUUCUCGCCCGCGACCCGGAGAGCGUCGAGCGGAUGGUGCUCGCGGGCGUCUGCUCGGUGUUCGCCAAGGUUCUCAAAGAAGGAGCCAUGAAAGUCCAGGGCAUGGUGGCGUGGGCCGUGUCGGAGCUCGCCACCAACCACCCCAAGUGCCAGGACGUCUUCGCCCAGAACAAUGUCAUCCGCCUCCUCGUCACCCACCUCGCCUUCGAGACUGUCCAAGAGCACUCCAAGUACGCCAUCCCCUCCAAGGGCAUGUCCAUCCACUCCGUCGUCAUGGCCAACAACGCAGCAGCCGAUCAUAAUUCCAUGCCUGUAGAUACCCCAGAGCAGAGCCAGAUGCAGCACCCCUACGGGAACAACAAGAACCUAAUGCACAACGUGAUACAGUCCACCAUGGCCAAGUCCGGCAACACCCAAUCCAACGCCAACGGGACCGCCGGGGGCCCGAAGCACAAGCUGAACGCCUCGCUGAACAGCACCGGCAUCAAGGGGAGGGAAUCCGAGGACCCGGCCACCAAGGCCUACAUGAAGGCAAUGGCAGCCAAGGCCCUGUGGCACCUCGCCAAGGGCAAUUCGGCUAUUUGCAAGAGUAUUACCGAGUCCAAAGCCCUCCUCUGCUUCGCCGUGCUUCUGGAGAAGGGUGCUGAUGAGGUCCGGUACAAUUCAGCCAUGGCUCUGAUGGAAAUCUGCCAGGUUGCCGAGCGGGAUGCUGACCUCAGGAGGUCUGCAUUCAAACCAGCCUCCCCUGCAGCCCGGGCCGUCGUCGACCAGCUCUUGCGAAUUGUCGACAAGGCCGAGUAUGAUGAUGACCUCCUCGUGCCAUGCAUCGUGGCAUUGGGCUGCCUGUCGAGGACGUUCCAGGCGUCGGAGACCCGGAUCAUAGGGCCAUUGGUGCGGUUGCUGGAUGAGAGGGAAGGGGUGGUGAUGAAAGAGGCGACGCUGGCACUGACUAAGUUUGCAUGCACUGAGAAUUACAACCAUCUCGAUCGCUCGAAGGCCAUCAUCAAUGCCGGCGGAGCGAAGCACCUCGUCCAGCUCGUCUACUUUGGUGAGGAGAUCCAGAUUCCAGCAUUGACCUUGCUGUGCUACAUUGCCACCCAUGUGCCCGAAUGCGAGGCCUUGGCACAAGCCGAGGUCCUUACGGUGCUCGAGUGGUCAUACAAGCAGGCUUACAUGGUGCAGGACCCGACGGUGGAGAACUUGUUGCAUGAGGCCAAGACUAGGUUGGAGCUUUACCAGUCCAGGAGUUCCAGAGGUUACCAUUAAUGAUUUAUUGCAGGACAGUUUCAUUGGGGGAAGAAGGGAAAGGAAGAAGUUAGACCCAGUCCUGCUUUCCAAUCUAGAGGGUCCAGGACUCUAUACACAUAAAGUUGCAUCGGUUUAGAUUGUUUGUUUGGUUUGGAGUGGGUAAUGCUUGGGGUUUUGGUUGGAGGAUGAUGAUAUUUGUUUCUUUCUCAGGAGUGUUUUGUAGCCUAGAAGGGUUGAAAUUUCAAUUGUUUUUCAUGGUCAAGAUAUACAUAUAGGUCAGCAAUUUCUGCAUCUCUCUAGCCUGAUAUUGAACAGUGUAUGCUUCUUUCUCUUCUCUUUCUGUUCUCUUCUUCAAUCAAUUUCUAGGAGGACGGUGGUUCCUAAGGAGUGGUUGCAGUGUUGGUUAGUUCAUUCUUCUUGUGUAUGGGAACAUAUUUCAGCUUGCACAUGAGAAUCACAUGACUGAUAAGGGU